CACACGUGGUUGACAUGGCCCAUUUUCACCCAUUUUCAUUUUCAAGCCUGGACCGCAGAAAUUGUUGUUCGGUGGUAUUUUUGGGCACCCGACAGCCUAGCGGAGUAGCCUCAGCCCAUCAUUAUUGGAUUGUAAGACAGUCGUGAAAUUGUUUGAAUAAUCAAAUGGUGAACGUCCCGAUGCCGGAUGAGUAAACUUCGAUCGUUGUACAUGAGGUUUGGUUAUAGAGCUCCGAAGGAACAUUAAAUUGUUUACGUUCGGCUUCAUAAAAGGUUGUGAGAAAAGUGAGUUUGGUUCUCCGGCGAGCUUGUAACUUGGGUCUGGACGAUGAACGUGUUGAGGUGGGGGUCAGCAGUGCAGAUGAUUAUAAGAUUUUCUUAAAAUAAUAUACAGGGUGAUUUUUUUUAUCGAAGAACACUCAUUAUUUCUGAAAGUAUAGACUUUUUACCAAUUUUUUUUUCUAAAUGUUAAGACAAAAAUUCUGGAUUUUGUCGGGUCGCGCAGCGGUUCGUCGUGUUAUUUUUUCAUGCGUGCCGUGCACCCGCCACAAAGCUGUCCGCCCUCAGCCACUCAUGGCAGACCUUCCGUCCCACCGGGUCCAACCGCAUCGACCGUUUUCGCAUGUCGGGAUGGACUACGGGGGCCCGUUCCUUAUCAAGGAACAUCGUCGUCGCAACGCGCAGUCAGUCAAGGUCUACCUCGCAUUAUUCGUCUGUAUGUCCGUUAAGGCAGUCCACCUCGAAAUUGUGUCCAAUCUGAGCACCGAUGCCUUCCUUGCAGCAUUGGACCGUUUUGUCGCAAGACGCGGCAUUGCAUCUAAUCUAUAUUCUGACUGCGGUACCAACUACGUCGGCGCCGCGCGCCAAUUGAAAGCUGUGUUCCGCGAUGCCCAAGCUCAAAACCGUCUGACGUCGCACAUAACCUGUACAUGGCAUUUCAAUCCGCCUGCUGCGCCCCACUUUGGUGGUAUUUGGGAGGCCGGCAUCAAAAGCGUCAAAUUUCACCUCAAGCAUGUAAUCGGUCAACAAGUACUGACCUAUGAAGAAUUUCACACCUUGACCACUCGCAUCGAAGGGAUCUUAAAUUCUAGACCGAUCACACCCACCUCAUCUGAUCCGCAUGACUUGAGUGCGUUAACGCCGGGACAUUUUCUGAUCGGCCAGCCGAUACACGCCAUACCAGAACCGGACACCACCGACAUUCAAAUCAACCGGUUGAACCGAUGGCAACUCAUCCAGCAGUGCCACCAAUCAUACUGGAAAAGGUGGUCACGUGAAUAUUUGUCUACGUUACAAGGUCGGCAAAAAUGGUUCAAGUCAACUCAGAAUUUAACGGUCGGUGAUCCGAAGCUCCGUCUCGACCACCAACUGAUUGGCGGCUCGGUCGUGUCAUUGAGGUUCACCCUGGACCCGAUGACGUUGUUCGCGUCGUGUCCGUGCGCACUCAGGACGGCGUCUACAAGCGACCGGUCGUGA